CUCGCGCUUCUCAGCAGCGAGAUGUUUCAGACUUCCACUGUUGUUGGUAUCAUCCUUGUUCACCCGGAGCUCUGUGAGACUAAGUUACCACUUUAUAUUAAAACCAGACAAAACAGGAGACUGUUUAGAGAAAACACAAGAGAGGAAAUACCUGGUUAUCUUUGAACACGAAGGAGUCUUCAUACAUCCGGGCGGCGAUGAAGAUGGCAUCGAGCAGGAUUUACUGAUUUCAGGGUCACUUCGGAUUGUUGACAAGGAUGCAGAGAUCAUCGUGGAGUACAGACCUUUGGAAGAGACCGUCGACCCAUCGAACAUGCUGUGUGCUGGAAAGGACUCCAGCUCAGUCGUGGAGUGGGACCAGUGUUCAGGAGCGAGGUCCCACCAGCUGUUGGAGACACAGCACAGCUACGAGACGGAGUGGGACAUGGUCAACGCUGUGUCCUUCAAGAAGAAAGCCUGUACAAACGGAGAAGGCGCUCUGAACCACAGCCAUGAGAGGAGCAGGUGGGCGUUGACCUUCAGUGUUGGCGACCUCAGGUCCAUCACGGUGAAGGUGGAGGGUUGGACCUUCCUGGUGUUCAGACUGAAGGAGUCGUCCGCCUCGCUGCCUGCUUUGCACUUCCACCAGGGCGGCAGCAAAGAGUUCCUGGACAGCCUGCGGAGAUUCGCUCUGCUCAGCGAGGCUCCAGAUGACGAAACGUGUCUGUUGGUCAGCACGCCGAACAAAGCUCUCUCGCAGUCCUUUGAGAACCUUCUGGAUGACAACAACUUCGGCCUCGUUCAUCAGAAGCUCAGGAAGGACCCGUAUGUCACCACCCUGGGAGGCUUCUCCAAAGUCACCAACUACAUAUUCGACGCUUUCCGGGGGACAGAGGAGCAGCACCAGCGCCCCCCGGAGGAAGUGGCCGACCUGCUGGGUGAAGUCAUCCCGGGGCUGGAGAUCAACCAGCAGGAGGAGCCCGGCUUCGAGGUCAUCACCAGGAUCGACCUGGGGACGAGGCCUCAGGUGACGAGGCGGGAGCCGCUGUCAGCAGAGGCCUGGACCAAACACCAGGAUCCAGAGGGGAGGAUGACCAACAUCCCGCGCCUCCAACAAGUCAUCUUCAAAGGGGGACUCUGUCAUGCUGUGAGGAAGGAGGCCUGGAAGUUCCUGUUGGGGUAUUUCCCCUGGGCCAGCACGAUGGAGGAGAGGAAAGCCCUGCAGAGAGCCAAAACGGACGAAUACUUCAGGAUGAAGCUGCAGUGGAAGUCGGUCAGCGAGGAGCAGGAGAGGAGAAACUCCAGGCUGAGAGACUACAGGAGUCUGAUCGAGAAAGACGUGAACCGAACAGACCGAACCAACAGAUUCUAUGAAGGCAUCGACAACCCAGGCCUGGUGCUGCUCCACGACAUCCUGAUGACCUACUGCAUGUACGACUUUGACCUGGGUUACGUUCAGGGGAUGAGCGACCUGCUGUCUCCGAUCCUCUACGUGAUGGAGAACGAGGUGGACGCCUUCUGGUGUUUUGUCUCCUUCAUGGACCAGAUGCACCAGAACUUCGAGGAGCAGAUGCAGGGCAUGAAGACCCAGCUGAUACAGCUCAGUACUCUGCUGAGACUGCUGGACUUGGCCUUCUGGAACUACCUCGAGUCUCAGGAUUCAGGUUAUCUGUAUUUCUGUUUCCGCUGGUUGUUGAUCAGAUUCAAGCGGGAGCUCAGCUUCCAGGACGUCCUGCGGCUCUGGGAGGUGAUGUGGACCGGUCUGCCCUGUCAGAACUUCCACCUGCUGGUCUGCUGCGCCAUCCUGGACUCUGAGAAACAGAAGAUCAUGGAGGAGAACUACGGCUUCAACGAAAUCCUCAAGCACAUCAACGAGCUUUCGAUGAAACUGGACAUAGAAGAAAUCCUUCAGAAAGCCGAGGGCAUCAGUCUGCAGAUACAGAGCUGUAAGGAUUUGCCUCGCUCUAUCAGCGUCAUCUUGGGCUUCGACACGGACGUUUCCGGCUCCGACCCGACGGACUCUGGAUCUCCUCCGGCUCCCCGACCGGCACAGCGACCGGACGCCUGCUCCAACGGCCACGGACACUUGAGAGAAACCAGCUCUCACAACAGCUGCAAAGUUGCCUUCACGUCGUAGUGACCAGCCGGUCCAAUCAGAGACUGACUCAGCGUCAGCAGGAGGACGGAGGCAGCGAAUCGCCCCGACAACAGAAACGAAGAAGAGGAGGAGGAGGAGAAUGUAAAAAGGGUUUAAGAUUAUUCAGAAUCUUAUUUUUGUAAUCUCUUGUACCAUAUUGUCUCUUUCAGUCAGUCAUUCCUUCUGUCCUGCUCGCGAUGCUCCGCUCAGCCAGCAGAGAGAGACUGAAGCCUCCACAGGGGGGCGCCGGAGAGCUGGAGGUGAAUCUGACUCCGACGUCACACUCAGUCAGAUCUGAACACACUAAACAUGUGACGUCCACUUCCCGAGGAGUCGGGUCCAGAAAUCAGCUUAGAGAGCAGAGAGAGACGCUUGCUUCAUGGUUUUAAGGUUCCUCAGCCUCUCAGUGAUCCAGAGACAGCUGUCUGUACAUGCUAACAGCUGAUCCAGCUACAGUUUGGCUAAAUGUCAACCCGUCCCCGUCCCCCCCCAGUCCCCCGCAGUCUGAACGGAGGUUUGGACCGGGAGGGGGUCGGUCGUCGUCUUCUGACCCGUGACGUGUUUAUCUGAGCCGUCCGGUCCGGCCUCGUGCUUUCCUGGCUGCGUGUUUCCACUCCUGAUAUUUCUUUUCUCACAGUACGGCAGUUUUAAUUUGAACCAAACGCCUCGUUACGCUGCUCGCCGCUCGCUGUACCGCCCAGAUCAAACGCCUCCAGCUCUCAUCGCGUGACCCCCUCUCCGUAUCAGUCCAACAUGAAACUGCUGGUUCCAUCUGAAGUGGAAUAAAAGAGUUUCCCCUGAUGUGUGUUUCAUGUGGUGAACACUGCAGCAUUUUAGGGAACGUUCAAACCAAAGUUAUUACAGGUUUCAGACAAAUUUAGCUUUUGAUUUCAUGAACAUCUGAAUUAUUUUAUCUUUUAAUAUAAAUCUCCUCAUUUAUUUUCAACAUGUGAAACUUUUCCUUUGAAAGCAGCACAAGCAGCUGUUUGAAUGACGCUGUCUGACGUGAAUCCACAGCUUUAUUAUUAUCACUGAAUGAUUGGCAGGACAAUAAAUAUGUUUAUUAAUAAAG